AUGUUUUGUUGGGGUAAUGCUACUCAUCAUGAACUGUGUAUUGAAGGCACCAACAAUAUUGACUUGGUAAUUAAACCAACACUGUCAAGAUGGUCUGAAAGUGGUCAUGUUCAUUUUGUGGCAGCUGGAGAGUUCCAUACUCUUUACUUGACUAAAUUAGGGCAUUUGUAUUCCUGUGGUAGUAAUGAAGUUGGUCAGCUUGGAAGACAAACUGAAUCAAAUGAAGGGAAAACUCCAGCAUUAGUAGAAACAUUUAAAGGAUGUACACUAUCGUCAAUUGCAUGUGGUCUUCAGCAUUCAAUGGCUUUGGAUGAAUGGGGGCAACCAUUUAGUUGGGGCUCUGAUAGCAUGGGACAGCUGGGUAGCAAUCUUGGUGCUCAUGCUCAAGAUAAACCUAAAAUUAUUAAACUUUUAGCUACAAAAAAUGUUAUCCAAGUAGCCUGUGGAUCUUAUCACUCACUUGCUUUAACUAAUAAUGGUGAUCUCUAUGCCUGGGGUGCCAAUACAUAUGGACAGUGUGGAUUGGGAACCAAAACAAAUAAGGAAACUAAACCACAACAGAUAACUUCUCUACUUGGCAUACCAAUAGCACUGAUUGCAUGUGGUAGUAACCACACUUUUGCAUUAUCAAAGUCUGGCGCCGUAUUUGGUUGGGGAAAAAAUAGCCAUGGUCAAUUAGGUUUACAAGAUAGAGAAAAUAGAUGCUACCCAGCUCAUUUAAAAACACUCAGAAAUGUCAAGGUUUGCCAUAUAGCAUGUGGUGAAGAUUUUACUGCUUUUCUAACUCUUGAUGGAGGAGUGUUUACAUGUGGAGCAGGAGAGUAUGGACAAACAGGCCAUGGAAAUACAAAAGAUGAAUUGGUCCCAAGAAAGGUGAUGGAGCUAAUGGGCAGCACAGUGACGCAGGUGGCGUGCGGGCGCCGCCACGUGCUGUGCCGCGUUGGCGAGCGCGUGCUCGCGUGCGGGUACGGCGCGCGCGGACAGCUCGGCUGCCCGCACCUGGCCUUCGCGCUGGUGCCCACGCCCGUGCCAUUCACGCCCACUGAUGACUCACCUACAGAUGAUCAUGGACAAUAUAUGUUCCCGCCAGAUAUAUUCAACGGCACCAUAAGAGUGUUUGCGGGCGGCGACCACAGUUUCCUAGUGAUAAACAAUGAUAAAACAAUGACGUCUGAUUUGCGAAUACCUGACAGCAAAAAGCAAAUACUUACAUUGAAUAUGUAUAAAUUGACCGCUUGUCAGUUCUUCAAGGAUAGUGAUGUUGUUAAUCAAGAUCUCAUGGUAUAUUUGGAAACUGUCUUUGGUUCUCUCGCCUGUAUAAAUGGUUCUUUCUUAAUGGAACAAAAUUCUCACUUCGGAUGCAACACUAAAGUACCUGGAGUAGAUUUAAAAAAAGCAGAAGAGGCUUUUACUAUGAUAAGUCGAUUUGAGAACUCAAGUAUACAGGAGAUUAUAUUCAACCACUUAACAGAACAAAUAAUAAGGAAAGUGAAGGUGUCUCCGCCUGAUGCUGAAGCACUAAGGUUGUUUUUGAUACUACCCUUGUAUCAUGAGAUGAGAAAUCCACGACGACACCCGGAAUUGCAGGGCCCGUUCGCGGAGGCGUUCAACAAUCUGUCCACGCACCCGCAGCGCAUCGUGCAGCUGUGGUGGCAGGCGCAGUCGCCCGACUACUUCGAGAUGUUGGUGGACAUAUUCAAGAGCGUCUUCGUGUACGAGCUCAUGCAGCCGGCUGUCAGGGCUAGUAAGAGGGUAAAUUUCUCUAGAAGUAUAAUACAAAUAUUAAAUACUCUGAUAACACUAAAUAAGAUCAACUUUACAAAUCCCAAAAAACCUAAAAUACCUGCAGAAUGUUUCUAUGUAGAAGAAUUAUCAAGCCAUGUUGAUAUCGCUGCAGAUUAUAUUGACUGGCUUUCAGACCAGGAUUCCGUAAAGCCUCACCUAUGCAAUUACGCGUUCCUCUUCGACGUGCAAUGCAAGUCCUUGCUAUUGAAAAUCGACCAGCAGUUACAAAUGCAAAUGGCGAUCACCCAGGCGGCCACGCAGAUGUUCACCCGCCUCAUAAUGGACCCCACGUACGAGUACCAGCGCGACCAGUUCCUCAUACUGACGGUGUCGAGGCGGCACCUCGUGCGGGACACUAUGACGCAGAUCAGCAAUCAUGACACAUCGCAGUUGAAGAAGCCGUUAAGAGUAGAGUUUGUGGGAGAAGAAGCAGAAGACGCUGGUGGUGUGAAAAAAGAGUUCUUUUUGUUGCUACUAAAGGAAAUUUUUGAUCCAGUGUAUGGAAUGUUUAAACAGUCCGAGGAGACUAAUAUGAUAUGGUUCUCUAAUAAUCCGUUUGAAGAUGAUGUUAUGUACUACCUAAUAGGUGCAAUUUACGGCCUUGCGAUAUACAACUCCAUUAUUAUCUACGUGCCAUUCCCGCUAGUGCUAUACAAGAAGUUGCUCGGCGAGUCGAUCAUGUUGGACGAUCUCUCCGACUUAUAUCCCACGUUGGCUAACAGCCUCAGACAUCUGCUAGAGUACCCAGAUGAGGAUGUGGAGGAUGUAUUUAGUCUCUGUUUCGCUGUAAACACUGUAGUGUUCGAUGAAAUUCAAGUACAUCCGUUAAAAGAAAACGGCGAAAACAUUCCCGUGACGUUCGAGAACAAGACUGAAUACGUCGACUUGUAUGUCGACUUUUUGCUCAAUAAAUCUGUAGAAAAUCAAUUUAAUGCGUUUAACCAAGGUUUCCAAAAGGUUUGUGGUGGUCGCAUAAUAAAAUUAUUCAGAUCUCAUGAACUCAUGUCAGUUGUCAUCGGCAAUGAAGAAUAUGACUGGGAGGUAUUUGAAAGCAAUUGCGAAUAUAAGGAUGGCUAUAGCUCUUCAGAUCCACAAGUCAGAUGGUUCUGGGAAGUGUUUCAUGAAUUGUCGAUCGAAGAUAAGAAAAAGUUCCUACUAUUCCUAACCGGUAGCGACCGCGUGCCCAUACAGGGCAUGAGAGAUAUCAAAAUAAGAAUCCAGCCAGUAGCAGACGAUAGGUACUUCCCGGUAGCGCACACGUGUUUCAACCUUCUCGACUUGCCGCGCUACAAGACCAAGGAGCGCCUCAAGUACCACCUGCUGCAGGCGAUACAGCAGACGCAGGGGUUCUCGCUGGUG